AUGUCUCUCGACUUUGGACUAAAAGACGUUCACGUCCUCAUCACGGGAGCAGCAGGCGGCAUUGGACUAGAAGCGGUACGGACCUUCCGACAACUGGGGGCUCGCGUUACGGCUCACUACAACUCGAGCAAUGGAGAACUGGCCAACGUCGAAGGAAUAGUGACAAUACAAGCCGACGUCCGAGAUGAAACAUCCGUCAACACAUUGCUCAGUGAAGCAGCACAGCAGAAUGGAGGUCCUGUCAGCUGUCUUGUCGUCAACCACGGCAUAUGGCCAAGCAACAACACCCCUAUCGUAGACAUGGAGUUGAGCCAGUGGCAAAACACGAUGGCGGUGGAUCUCAAUGGUCCAUUCCUUCUCGUCAAGGCCUACCUGAAGGCUUUACGCGCCGCUUCGCAAUCUUCCAGGGAUGUCGUCAGCAACAGUGUUAUCUUUGUUGGAAGUACAGCAGGCAAGUUUGGUGAAGCGAACCACGGCGACUACUCUGCUGCAAAGUCAGCGCUCAUGUACGGCCUGACGGUCACGCUAAAGAAUGAAAUCGUAUCUAUCGCGCCUCAAGGGAGAGUCAACACCAUAUCUCCUGGUUGGGUUGCGACACCCAUGGCCAUGGAGACGCUGAAGGACAAAGCUUUCGUCGAAAGAGCGCUGGCUACUACGCCGCUACAGAAGGUCGCCACGCCAGCAGACAUUGCGAGGCAGCUUGCAGUCAUUGCGAGUCCUACCCUCAGCGGACACGUGAAUGGGCAGAAUAUUAUGGUUGAUGGUGUCGGAUACACUACUGGGAAGGACAUUUGA